GUGCAGGGCGAGCACAGCACCGGUGGAGCCCCGGUAGUUGCUGGAAAAGCCUUCGAAAUUUCUUGAGAUAAAAAUUCCCUAGCCGCUCCUGGUGACCUCUUCUUCGCAGGGCGACUGUGAACUGUAAGGGACUAAAACUAAUACCUGUUUCCAAGAUACCGAAAAAGGAGUGAAAUCCCCAGAGAGAAGUGGAUCAAAGCACUCGCUUUUACUGCGGCAGCCUCAGCAGAAAUGUCCCGGAGUGUGCAGCACAGACGGGGAGCAUGUGAUCCGACACUCGCUGCUGGUGAAUUUGUGAAUGGAGCCCCUGGACGAAAACACAGGCACUGCAGAGCUAACCUAGGCUAGGGCCGUUCUCGGUCGGGUCCCGCUGCUUUUCGGGGAGCUGCCUUUGCGAAGGGUGUUCCGGAGGAUCUGCGGGAGGAGGGGGAGAUGCUGCUGUGCACGUUCAGUGCAAAGCCCGUGGCUGUGAUAGGCUGAAGGGACAUGGGUACUCUGCCUAUAUAUGCUGGCAACUGCAUCCUCUCUGCUUUAUAGCUGUCACUGAGGAGCAAAGAAAGGCAGCGAGAAGGGCAGGGAGAAGCAAAAUCCUUAUCAGCUCGCUGUGUUUUUCUGAGAAUAAGCCCUAAGCUGUGAUAGCCAUGGAUGCUGCAGAAUUCCGCAGGAGAGGGAAGGAGAUGGUGGACUAUGUUGCAGAUUACCUGGAGAAGAUAGAGAAACGACAGGUAUUCCCAGAUGUGGAGCCAGGAUACCUACGGCCCCUCAUCGCAGACUGUGCGCCCCAGGAUCCUGAGAGCUUUGAGGAUGUCUUUAAAGACAUUGAGAAGAUCAUUAUGCCAGGGGUGACUCAUUGGCACAGUCCAUACUUUUUUGCCUACUUCCCUGCUGCCUCCUCCUUCCCAGCUCUUCUUGCAGAUAUGUUGUGUGGCGGAAUAGGAUGUGUGGGCUUCUCUUGGGCUGCAAGUCCAGCUUGCACAGAGCUGGAGACUGUCAUGCUGGAUUGGCUAGGGAAAAUGGUUAAUUUGCCUGAAGAGUUUUUAGCUGGGAAGGAUGGCCAAGGUGGAGGAGUCAUUCAGGGAAGUGCAAGCGAGGCCACCCUGAUUGCACUGCUUGCUGCAAGGACAAAGACUAUAAAACAGGUGCAGUCAGAGGAGCCUGAGCUGACAGAAGCAGAGAUCAUGGGCAGGCUGGUGGCUUAUGCUUCUGAUCAGGCUCAUUCAUCUGUGGAAAGGGCUGCACUAAUUGGUGCUGUGAAGAUUAAAAGUGUUCCUUCAGAUGAAACAUUUAGUGUUUGUGGUUCAGCCCUGAAGAAAGUUCUGGAUGAAGACAAAGCUGCUGGUCUUAUACCAUUCUUUUUCUGUGCAACACUUGGAACCACCCCUUGCUGCUCCUUUGACAAGCUGUUAGAACUGGGUCCUAUUUGUAAUAAGGAAAAUAUCUGGAUGCAUAUUGAUGCAGCCUAUGCGGGAAGUGCUUUUAUCUGCCCUGAAUUCAGGCAUCUUUUAAAUGGAGUGGAGUUUGCAGAUUCAUUUAACUUUAAUCCUCACAAAUGGCUCCUUGUGAAUUUUGACUGCUCUGCAAUGUGGGUGAAAAAAAGAUCAGAUUUAAUAGGAGCCUUUAAAUUAGAACCUCUUUACCUGCAGCAUCACCAUCAGGAGUCUGGUCUUGUAACAGAUUAUCGGCACUGGCAAAUCCCCCUGGGCAGGAGGUUCCGCUCGCUGAAGCUCUGGUUCGUGCUGAGGAUGUACGGGGUCAAGGGGCUGCAGGAGCACAUCCGCAAGCACAUCAGACUGUCGCAUCAAUUUGAGCACUUAGUCCUUCAGGAUGAGAGGUUUGAGAUCUGUGCUGAGGUUGUCCUGGGACUGGUCUGCUUCCGGCUGAAGGGCUCAAAUGAACUAAAUGAGGCACUUCUUAAAAGCAUAAAUGAUGCCAAGAAGAUCCAUCUGGUCCCAUGCCACCUGCGAGAGAAGUUUGUGCUACGUUUUGCUAUUUGUUCCCGCACAGUGGAAUCCACCCACAUCAAGUUUGCCUGGCAGCACAUCUCACAGCUGGCAACUGAUCUUCUGAAAACAUGGGGGCAAAACCACCACCAGCAGUAACAGCAGUGAAGUAUAAGUGGAGAUGAGGUAAUUAACUGGCUUUCUCUGUGUUGCCAAGUUUUAUUUUAGGUGCAGGUGGGAAAGUCAAACUAUGAAGGAGAAAAGUACAAAACCUGUUGUUAUAUAGCCCAGCUGCAGUAGCAAAAUCCUUGCCAGCAAGUUGAGUUGUAACCAUAGUCAUUCCUUCUCUGUACUGUAGUUUCAUCUUGCCUGUUUCCAGGAUGCACAUAGCCAAGGAGACUCGAGCUGUCAUUUCUUACCAGUUUGUAGUCAAGAGCAUUUGUUCAACCAAACAAUGGAAAUGGAAGGGUUGGUGCUCCCUCCAUUGUCCCUGUUCACCUCUAGCGUGCCCCCUUUCUUCACAGAUGAAACUAAGAGAUAUUAUAACAAAUUAAUUUAAUAUUACUAUGACUGCAGGAAGAACCCAAGUUGGGAAAGUUUAGUUCAGGUUCUAAAUAUGUUAAUAUCUGAAUAGGCAUGCACAAAUGCAGUUGCCAGGAUUUGGGGCACUAUCACGCCAUGAUACACUUGCUGCAGUAAUUUUGUAAAUGAACAAAGGACAAAGGACUUCAAGACUUCCUUCACUGCAUAACCAGACCUAUGGGAAUGAGCACUGACUGAUCAUCCUUCUGGCAGGUUCUCUAACUUCCCCUAAAUUGUUUGCUUUUAAAACAGCCAUUUUGUCAAAUUCCAGCAAAUAGGUUAUGCUGACUAUUGGUUCCCAGAUUGAUCAUUCAUAAUGACAUCCCUGAAAAGCUCCUCCUGAAGAGUUUUGUCAAAAGACACGUGCUACCUGGUAUUCUGUAUUUUUAAUCAAUUUAUUAUCAGCAGUGAUUACUUGAAAAUAGUCUGUAAGGUAUGUUCUGUGAAAUUGAGUUGUGAUUUGUUUUUAUGGCUACCAUUUUGAUUACUCCAUGGUGUGAUAAAUCUUUGACAAAAUGUGCUAAGAAAUGUGAUGUCAAAAAUGUUACUCUUAGUUUCUCAAAUUAGCUAAUAGAUGAGUAAACAAGUGACAAUAAAAAUAGGAAGUAAGAGAACAAACCCCCAAAAUCAGUUGUGGUGCCCCCAUCAGUGGUUUUCUUCUAUUAACAGUGAUGAAUGGAAAAUUAAGAUACUGGAACACGUCUUUCUGAGAAAGUCAUAUAUAUUGAAUAUAUAUAUUGAAUAGAUCAUAUAUAUUUGACACAAACCAUUGAUAUGUCAUGCUGUCAAAGACAGGCACAGUAAAGAGCUAAAAUGAAAGUUAGAAGUGAAAAUCAGAAAAAGUCAGAAAGUACUUUUGCCAUUUUAAAAACAUAAAUUACAGGGAGUUAUUUCUGUGUAAAUAAGAACAACAUAAGUAGUUGCUCCAAGAAAAAUAGUGUAGGAUUAAUUUCUACAUUUGCAUUUCAAUCUUCCUUUUAAUGCUCAUAUUAACUUCUAAAGCCUCUUGAGCAACGUGCACAAUCAUUCAGCUUUCUUCCUCUAUCUCUUUCAAGUACACUUCCUAUGGCUGGGAAGUUGCAAGCAGACCAAGGAACAUGGAUCAGUUAAUUUGGGACAUGGUCUUCUCCUACCUGUCUUUCCUAAUCUCUCACUUCUAGGGUGCAGACUGGGAAGGAUUACUAUUUCCAUAAGGAACUGAUUUCCCAGGUAACAGAUGAAGAAAGGGAUAACCAAUUAAUAUGGUAAAACGCAGUAAUAUUUGAGCAGGUGACUGACACAAGACAAGUACUGUCAGCUACAGUGUCAGAAAUUUUGAUAGCAUCAUUCUCUUCAGCAGAACCAAUAUGAAAUUUAGCUUUUCUGUGGUAGCACAAUGGAAUAGAUUGGUAGACUGAAGAGUGGAAGUUGUUGCCUUUCUCUGUUACUAUUUUUUUUUUAAACAACAUUAUUCAGAUCUCAUUACCUGGAAAACAGUGUUCAUCCAUAACACAUAUUUUCCACACUGAUACCAUUUUACAGCUUUUACAUUAUGAAAACUCUAAAAUCUUGGAGCUAAAGAAGAAUUACACCACCUCUGUGAGACAGACCAAUAUUUUGUAUGUGAAAUAUAUAACCAGGUCUUUCCAGAAAAAAAAAAAGAAAACGAGAGAGAGAUCAAAUCUGGAUCAAAGCUAUCACAGAGUAAAUCCAGGAUAAUUCCACUGAAAUUAAAUGGAGCUACUUUGGACUUAGGUGACUAUAAUUGAAAUUAAAAAUCUGACUAAUAAGUAUUGGAAAAGAAAGGCAAAAGGUAAGGCACCACUGAACUGAACAUAAGAAGAUUCUGCUGGAAAUCUGCUCCAUGGAAACCAGAGCAGAGAUGAAUGAUGCCUGCCUCAAACUGCUGUAAAACUGGGAUGCAGGCAGGAUGCACACCCAAACCUAGGAGAGGUGAAAUGUGCCCAACAGCCCAGAAUUAGAUCCCUUUAGACAGUUGUGGGAAAAUACUGCCAAAACUGACGUUCAGUUAAAUAUUUUUCAGUAUCUGGAUAUCAGUUUUAGAAGUGGCUGUUGUCCAGAUACAAAAACUCCUGCUGGCAAAGAAUUUAAAAUUUAAGAGAAAGGCUAAUUUAAAAUAUAGAUGGAGUAAAAUUUAUUUUUUGUUUUGUUUUUCUAAGGAAGUGACAUAAGUAGAUGUGUCUAAUAAACAACAGUGAUGAGACCCAUGGAAUUACAUUUCCCCAUGGUUAGCCCAGUACAGAAACCUGAAGUUCACAGUUCUGGUUUUUCUGUAGGAUAAUUCAAAUAUCUAAUUAGUGAAGUCUCUCAUACCCUCUUUUCUCCAUGUGAUAAUUUCUUCUUACACUAUUAACAUUAGGUCAUCUGAAAAGGAAAUAUGGGCUAUGUAAUCAACUCAAGAAGAAGCACUGAAAGGAAUAUUUUGAAAGAAGAUCAUAACUGCUGUUUCUGUUCUGUAGCUUUGCAAUGUAUCUGUAAGAGACAAACACUGUAUUUAUGAAUAGUGAAUGUUAACCUGGAUUUACUGUGCCUUGUGUGCAAAAGCUAAUACAGUCUGUGCCGAUGAAUACUGUUUGAUAUUAAAAAUAAUUACAAAAUCCCAGAACUGUAAUUUAGUAGAAUAUCCACAUCUCAAGGAAGACUGCAGCUAUUAAAGAAGGAGGGAAAAAACCUUUUACUUUCAGGAACCUCAAUUUAUUUUUUUUUUUCAACUAGCAGAGUAUUUACAUUCUUAAUGACAGAUUAUAAAUAUAUUUUAUUAGUGAUGGCAAAAUAAUGAAAAUAUAUGUAUUUAUGGAAGUAUUGGUAAUAUAUUAUACUUUGAACUGCAUUAUAAUUAUUAAAUUUUUAAUUUUUUAUUGCAUUUACAUACAAGAUUCUGCUCAUGUCUGUUUUGUUGUUGUUGAAGGUUACUCACAUUGAAGUUGCCUUAUAACAGCAGUCUAAACCUUGAGAUGUAUAAACCUGAAUUGCUCAAAGACAGAAGCAAACAGAUAAAACUGAGAAUCCUGAAGACCAGGGUUGUUGGUGGGGGCAGGUUAAAUAACCAUCAAUGGAUAAUUUCUAUAUAGCAUAUGUAGAGUUUGUAUGUUCUAAAUGGAAAAAUAAUCAGAAGUCUAAUGCUCUUAUUGUAAUUUGUGAGCUGUUGACUCCCUUUAAAAUCUGUAUCCAAAACCUACUAGACAUAUAGAUUUUAAUUGGCAAUAUUAAUAAACAGAAACAAAACUGAA